CUACUACUGGACUUGAAUCACGGACAAAGAAGGCUGAAGAUUGAAGCCUAAACAUCGACCAUUCUGUAAUCCUACCUGUUCCAUUCACUCUAUAGUUUAUUCCAGUCCACUCCAGCCCACGCCUCUCCCAUCUGUCCGUAUCCGACAAAGCAACAAUCCACCGUCUCCCCUCCCCUCCCGACCGACGAAACCACCACGAACCACCACGAACUACGGCCCCCAAAACCACCAUGUCGGCAGCACGCCAGCAAGCCGCCCUCACCGACGCGCGCAUCAAGUCGGGGAUGCUCGUCAAGCAAACCAACCGCGCCAUCGCCAAGCUCGACAAGCAAAUGAACGACCUCGACAAGCAAGUCGCCGCCUGCCUCAAGGCCGGCAAGAUGGAGCAGGCCCGCCAAAAGGCCCAACUCAAAAUCAAGCUGCAAGAGUCCAAGCUACAAAUGGAGUCGACGGCGCAGAUGGCGGCGGGCUUCCAGGCCGACAUUGAGCAGCAGCACCUGAUGCUGCAGACAACGCAGCACCUCGACAACGUGUCGCGCCUCAGCAGCUGGUUCAUGAAGCGCAACGACCCGGAGCGCUCCAUGCGCUCCGUCGAGGAGGCCACGCGCCAGAUCCAGGAGCAGCAGCUGACCAACAGCAUAUACCGCGAGGCCAUGACCCAGCGCACCGGCUCCCAGGUCAACGACGAGGUCGUCGACGAGUACCUGGCCAAGAUGGCCGACAGCGUCGGCGUCAGCCUCGGCAACGAGCUGUCGGCCCCGAGCAAGGCCGACCCGGCAAAGGAGUCGGCCGCCACGGAGCCGUCGCAGGAGGCCGAGGACGAGCUGAACCAGCGGCUCAAGGCGCUGCGGGCCAUUUAGUUUUUUCUUUUUUUUUCCCUCUCUUUCUUUUUUUCCUCCGCUGUGUAUGGGUUGGCUGGGGGCGUUAGGAGUAUCAUAUUGACCGGCACAGAUCACGGCUUGACGAAUAUCCAUCCACCUAUCUUUUUUUCUUCUGUCCUUUUGUUUAAACACUGGCUUGCUUCCACUUUGCCUAGAGCAUGAAUACAUCAACUUCACAUGUACAAACUCGCAACAGCCGUAAUGUCCC